ACGUGAGAAAUAAGCAUCGCCGCGUCCCACGUGAUGCACGGUUUUGUUUAUCCUAGGCCCAAGUCGCAGCAAUGAUAUGACGAGCCACCUGUGCUCUCUCUCUCUGCCCCCUUCGUCGCCAUGGACGCAGUUGCAGAGUAGAACAAGCAGCCAUAUCCUAGCAAACCUCACCAGCCGGCGGUCUCCACGGCGAGCUUGCAGCGAGAGGAGCUACGCGCGCGCAGGAUCUGCGUUGGUGCUACGGAACAAAUGGGGCUAAUUUCAUGGCAUCAUUUAAUUCUCUUCUCCAACCUAGUCUCGCUCUGCUGCGGUUUGAGUUCAGAUGGCCAUGCCCUUCUGGCUCUCUCCAGGAGGCUCAUACUACCUGAUACCAUAAGCUCGAACUGGAGUUCUUCUGAUACAACUCCCUGUGUAUGGAAGGGAGUUCAGUGCGAGAUGAACAAUGUAGUUCACCUCAAUCUAUCAUACUCCAAAGUUUCUGGUUCCAUUGGUCCUGAGGUAGGGCUUAUGAAGUACCUGCGUCAACUCGAUCUGUCAAGCAACAACAUCUCCGGUCCGAUCCCUCGUGAACUAGGCAAUUGUGUUCUGCUUGAUCUGCUGGAUCUGUCAGGUAACAGCCUUUCCGGUGGGAUCCCCGCAUCCCUCGUGAAGCUGAAGAAGCUAUCACAGCUGGCUUUGUACAGCAACUCCCUCAGUGGAGAGAUACCCGAGGGACUGUUCAAGAACCGGUUUCUGGAGCGGGUGUAUCUCCAAGACAAUAAACUCAGUGGCUCUAUCCCUUCAUCGGUUGGUGAAAUGAAGAGUCUGAAAUACUUUAGGUUGGAUGGGAACAUGUUGUCCGGAGCUCUGCCGGACUCAAUUGGCAACUGCACCAAGUUGGAGAAUCUGUAUCUAUAUGAUAACAAACUGAAUGGGAGUCUUCCGAGAUCAUUGAGCAACAUCAAAGGGCUCGUGCUCUUUGAGGCCAACAACAACAGUUUUACAGGUGACAUCUCUUUCAGAUUCAAGAGCUGCAAGCUUGAAGUGUUUGUUCUAUCUUGGAAUCAGAUCAGUGGGGAAAUCCCGGGGUGGCUGGGAAAUUGUAGCAGCUUAAUCAGACUUGCAUUUCUCCACAACCGUCUCUCUGGCCAGAUACCAACUUCACUCGGUUUAUUGAAAAAACUAUCAAUCCUUAUACUUACCCAGAAUUCUUUGUCUGGGCUGAUCCCUCCUGAGAUUGGUAGCUGUCGGUCGCUGGUGUGGCUGGAGCUGGACGCGAACCAGCUCGAGGGCACCGUUCCGAAACAGCUGGAUAAUCUGCGUAACUUGCAGCAGCUAUUUCUGUUUGAGAAUCGCCUCAGUGGGGAGUUCCCUCAGGGUAUUUGGGGCAUCCAAGGCCUCGAAUCCGUCCUUCUGUACAACAACAGCUUAUCUGGGGCCCUACCUCCAAUGUCGGCCGAGUUGAAGCACCUAAAGUUCGUCAAACUACAGGAUAACCUGUUCACUGGAGUCAUACCACCAGGAUUUGGGAUUAACAGCCCUUUAAUACAGAUUGACUUCACAAAUAAUAGGUUUGUUGGUGGAAUUCCGCCGAACAUUUGUUCAGGUAAAAGAUUGAAAGUUUGGAACUUGGGGCAUAAUUUUCUCAAUGGUACCAUCCCGUCCACUGUUGCUAACUGCCCAAGUUUGGAACGAAUUCGUCUCCAUAACAACAGUCUCAGUGGGCAAGUUCCGCAAUUCCAAGACUGUGCAAAUCUGCGGUACAUAGAUUUGAGUCACAAUUCCUUAAGUGGUCCUAUUCCUGCAAGCUUGGGCAGGUGUGCUAACAUUACAGCGAUAAACUGGUCUGAAAACAAGCUUGCUGGUCCAAUACCACCCGAACUCGGACAAUUAGUGAAGUUGGAAAGUCUUGACCUCUCCCACAACAGCCUAGAGGGGGCAAUUCCUGCACAGAUUUCCAGUUGUUCGAAGUUGCACUUGCUUGAUUUGAGUUUCAACUCUUUGAAUGGUUCUGUGCUCACAACAGUAUGCAAGCUGGAGUUCAUGUUAAAUCUGCGGCUACAGGGCAAUAGAUUAAGUGGAGGCAUUCCAGAUUGUAUCUCGCAGUUACAUGGGCUAGUCGAGCUACAACUUGGUGGCAAUGUUCUUGGGGGCAAUCUCCCUUCAUCAUUAGGAACUUUGAAAAGAUUGAGUACUUCAUUAAACCUUAGCAGCAAUGGGCUUGAGGGCAGCAUUCCAUCUCAAUUAGGCGACUUGGUGGAUCUUGCAAAUCUGGAUUUGUCAGUUAAUAAUCUCAGUGGGAGUCUUGCUCCGUUAGGAAGUCUACGUGCAUUAUAUGCCCUGAAUCUUUCCAAUAACAGAUUCAGCGGGCCAGUGCCAGAUAAUCUUUUACUACAGUUUAUGAAUUCCACACCGAGUCCAUUCAGUGGAAAUUCAGGUCUCUGUAUGCCUUGUCAUGAUGUUGGUUCUUCUUGCAAGGGAGCUAAUGUUUUGGAACCUUGUAGUUCAUUGAGGAAAAGAGGAGUACACAGCCGAGUCAAGAUAGCUAUGAUAUGUCUUGGUUCAGUUUUGCUCGGUGCAUUUAUGAUACUCUGUAUCUUUCUGAAAUACAGAGGUUCCAAGACUAAACCUGAGGGAGAGUUAAAUCCAUUUUUUGGGGAUUCAUCUUCUAAAUUAAAUGAAGUUUUGGAAUCAAUUGAAAACUUUGAUGACAAGUACAUCAUCGGCACAGGUGGCCAAGGAACUGUAUACAAGGCAACAUUGAGGUCAGGAGAAGUAUAUGCCGUGAAGAAGCUUGUGGGUCAUGCACACAAGAUUUUGCAUGGAAGCAUGAUAAGGGAGAUGAAUACGCUUGGUCAAAUUAGGCAUAGGAACUUAGUAAAACUAAAGGAUGUUUUGUUCAGGCGUGAGUAUGGGUUGAUCCUCUAUGAAUUUAUGGACAAUGGCAGCCUUUAUGAUGUUCUGCAUGGGACCGAGCCAGCUCCAGUUCUAGAGUGGAGGACACGGUAUGACAUAGCUCUUGGUACAGCACAUGGUUUAGCUUAUCUCCACAAUGACUGCCACCCAGCCAUUAUUCACCGUGACGUUAAACCGAAAAAUAUACUGUUAGAUAAGGACAUGGUACCACAUAUUUCAGACUUUGGCAUUGCAAAGCUUAUCGACCUAUCUCCUGCUGCUUCAGAAACUACUGGAAUCGUUGGCACUGUUGGGUAUAUGGCCCCAGAGAUGGCAUUUUCAACCAGGAGUACCGUAGAGUUCGACGUGUACAGCUAUGGAGUGGUAUUACUCGAACUGAUUACCAGAAAGAUGGCCCUGGAUCCCUCAUUUCCUGACAAUGUGGAUCUAGUCAGCUGGGUAUCCUCCACCUUGAAUGAGGGCAACAUAAUCGAAUCAGUGUGCGACCCUGCUCUAGUGCGUGAGGUAUGUGGCACUGCUGAACUGGAGGAAGUAUGCAGUGUGCUGUCGAUAGCCCUUAGAUGCACCGCGGAGGAUGCAGGAAAGAGGCCUUCCAUGAUGGAUGUUGUGAAAGAGCUGACACGUGCUAGGCGCGAGGUUGUAUCACUACCGAAGCAGGCGAUAUCUGGUUCCAGCAGUUCCUGUCAAAACCUGGCAACUUGAUGCUUUGCUUCAGCAGUUGUAGUAAGGGCUUGUUUGGUUCAUAGGAAAAGUAGAGGAAAAUUAUAGGAACAGGAGAAUUUCUUUUAGUAGCACUGUUCAUUCGUUUGGUUCAAAGGGAAAAUAGAGGAGAAUUUCCUUUGAUCUCGCUUUUAAAGGGGAAAUGCAGGAAUUUUACAAUCCAGUUGAACCUCCUUUUAGAAUCUCUACACAUGAAGUAUUAGACAUGAGUCCUUAGUGGUUAAUAACAAUAUCAUCCUAAUUA